AUGGAUAUCGAAGAUUUUGAUUCGGACUUUGUCUUCAAUGGAGAUCCAGCAAUCCAGUUAUUCCCAUUAAUCUCCGGACAUGAUCAUGCCGACCGUGCCUCCACCUUUAACUCCUCUGUUUUCUCUGACGUUGGAACUCCGGCCACUGCAACACCGAUGUUCAACUCUGUUUUCUCUGACGCGGGCAUGUUAGCUCCGUCACUUCUCAGUUACUACUACAGCAGCAACGACCUGUUAACUUCAAUGCCUCCUCCUCUGAGCACGACGACAUCAAACUUCACUAACUUAUUGCACGAAGAUGGUGAUAAUUACUACUAUUACACCCCUCCCGCCUCUGAACAACUCGGUCUUGGCAACUCUUUCGUCGUGGCCCCUCAACUCAGUUCACCUCACGAUUCAGCUCAACCUUAUGACUUCUUCUCUUCCAUCCCGUCGCAGCCAGUGGAGUCAACCCAGCCGCAUGACCUUUUCUCUUCGGUGAAUGACUCACAGACUCUGGAGUCGGUUCUUGGAAAGUUCAAUGCUGUUACAAAGAAACCGAAACGGUUGGGCCAGAUGAAGAAACCCAAGCGGUCUGCUUUUGACUAUGGUACUGGGUCGACUUCUUCGUCAGCAUCGGUUCUAGCGAAACAGAGAAUCGCUGAGAGGGUGAAAUGUUUAAGAAAGGUGAUGCCUUGGAUUACUACAAAGAUGGACACUGCGACCGUACUUGAAGAGGCCUGUAGGUACAUCAUGAACUUGCAAGAACAGAUUAUAGCUUUAGUACAGUCGAGGCCUGCCACUUCUUUCGAUCAUUAUAAUAACUUCGUUCAUGGUGCUAAUGAUGGGGGUGGUGGUUAUGGGGAGGGUGUGGUCAGUAGGGAGCAGAUUAUGGAGAUGGUUCUGAAGGCAAAUGUGGAUCAAAACUUUGUGGGUUUUUGA